AUGAGAAUCUCCAACAGUUUGCGACCGACGAUAGCCACGGUUUUCCUUCUGGGUGGAGUUCUGUUCUCUGACUUGGCUUUUUCCCUCGCUGUCACUGGAUCCUCCUCAUGCACGGAAACAUGCGGCAGCGGCUUCACUUACGCCAGUGACCUCGUCUGCAGCGACUCCUCCUUCAAUAGUACAUCAAAGGGCCUAAAACUGAAAGAUUGUCUGCUCUGCGAAAGCACCAGCACGGCGUAUGAGCUGCCAAAUCAGAACGAUAUCUACUGGUUUCUCUUCAACCAGAAAUAUACCCUCCAGGACUGUCUCUUUGAUCGCGAACCCGACGUCUCGCUCUCGCCCUGCGAAUCGUCCUGUCUGCCGCUCAAAUCCGUGUUCAAGACGCUUUGGUACCAGAAUGGCUGGAUCCCGCAGUACGAGUACUGCGAUAUGGGCGGCGGCGCGUUGGAGACGUAUGCGGGUGAUUGCGCGGAUUGUUUGAGGGGAAAGACGGGGUCGGUGUUCUUGGGGAAUUUUAUGGACACCAUGAACUCAGCAUGUCAGAACAAGCCGAACGCAUCAGACGGAGAGACAGUAAAGCUGCGACAAGCGCUCUUCGCCACAGAGACAUCUCUCUCAUCAACGAGUACCAGCUCCGCAACCAAACCCACCACGACCACAACCCCCACAACCUCAACUUCUACAUCCACCACCUCCGACCCAUCAACAACCCCGACCAUAGACGUAGACACCCAGCCCGAGACAGAAUCGCAAUCAAGCAGCCUCUCCACAGGCGCAGCAGCCGGAAUCGGCGUCGGAGCCGGAGCAGGCGGCCUUAUCCUCCUCGCGGCACUAGUCUGGGUAUUCUUCUUGCGACGGCGCAAAGCGCAGAACGACGAGAAAUUGAUCCCCCAGUGGAAUGACGAGAGUACGAGUAGUUUGAAACAUGGCGCGCCGCUGGUGUCGGAGAUGCCGACGCCGAGGUUUGCGAAUAUGCAAGAGUUGGAGGGCGGGGUGGUGAGGGCUGAGUUGCCUGGUUCGUGA